CCAAGUCAUUUAUAAAGAUGUUGAAUAACAGUGGACCUAGGACAGAACCAUGUGGCACCACACCUGUCACUUUUCAGGAUGAUGAGAAACCAUUGAUGGCCAAGCAGGAUGAUAAUCAGCAGCUUACUGUUAUCAAUGCAAUUAAAAGUAUGGAUAAAAUGACCUCUGAGGUGAAUAAACUGAUAGUAAAAACUGAACUGCUGCUUUGUGACCUUAUAUUGAACCUUAAUCAUCCAGUACAAGCUGAUGUUUCAAGAGAAACUGAGGAAAAGGACCAAGAAGAAUUGAAAAUUCAAGCCUCCAGGAUCCAUUGAAUAAUAUUGUCACUAAAUGUAUUAACAUGUAAAAUUUGGUGGAAGUGAAAUGGAAACACCGUUAUACUUGGCUAACAUUUUGAUAUACAUUCACCAUAAUGUUCAUUUGGAGAACUUUGCAAA